AAACUCUUUUUAGCCUCUCUAUCAACUUCUCUCUCUCUCUCUCUCUCUCUCUCUCUCUCAAAUUAGGGUUUGAAUACAAACUCAAAGUCACUUCGUCUUCUUCUCUCUAAAACCCUAUACCUCUCUAGGGCGAUCUCUGUGUUUUCAAUGCCUGCAAAUCUUUUCUUGAUAUUUCCCACGCAGUGCCAAAUUGUUCCAUUUCCUGGGCGAUUUUGGCGAAUCGCUCAAUUUCGCAUAUUUAAGCUAUAUCAGAUAGCGUGCCCUAAUUAAAUUUGGAGCGCCUGCCGGUGCUAUUUCGAUGGCGCCAAGUCGAAGAAAAGGUGCCAGCAAAGCCGCCGCCGCUGCCGCCGCUCGCCGGCAGUGGAAGGUCGGCGAUCUUGUUCUUGCUAAAGUCAAGGGUUACCCUGCUUGGCCUGCCGAGGUAACUGAGCCGGAAAAGUGGGGCUUCUCUGCUGAUUGGAAAAAAGUAGUUGUUCACUUCUUUGGAACCCAACAGAUAGCCUUUUGCAACCCUGCAGAUGUUGAGCCAUUUACUGAAGAGAAGAAACAAUCACUUCUUGUCAAGCGUCAUGGAAAGGGUGCUGAUUUUGUCCGUGCAUUGCAAGAAAUUAUUGAUAGCUAUGAGAAGUUGGAGAAACAGGACCAAGUUGAUGAUUGUAACUCUGAAGAAGUUGCUCGAGCAAAUGUUGGAAACUCAAUGGACUCUUCGGCGAACUUUGAGUCAAAGGAUCAGGUAGAAGUUCCAAAUGCAACUCUUGAUUCUAGAUUAAGCUCAUCGAAUUUUACAAAUGAUGGAAAUGAGCCAAGUCUUCCAGUUGACGAUACUUCAGCCACUGCACAAACUGAUGCUGUGUUAGAUAAAGGGGAACCUAGUGAUAGUGCUGCAGUUACAGAAACACCUUUGCCAACCAUAUACUCGAGGAGAAGAUCUAGAGAAUUGCGACCGCAGAAUGGUAUUUCACAGAGAAAAGAAACAGCAGUUAGAAGGUCUAGAAGCUCAUCUAGGGUAGAAUCCCGUAGGUUACAAAGCUUUCUAGUGCAGUAUAAUGAUAGUGGAAAGACUGCUGGGGACAUAUCAGCUAACACAAUUCAUGAUGGCUCAUUGAGAAGAAAUAAGCGAAAUAGAAAAUCGCCAGAUGCCUCUGAAUAUGAUGGUUUUGAUUCACCUGCUUUUUGUGGUAGCAUUGAAGAUGAUGGUUCUGAAAUUGUCACAGUUGAGUCUGACACCAUUAGUUUCAACGAAGGGAGUACUAUUGAUUCUGGUUGUAAAGUCGAAAAUUCAGAGACUGUUGUUGAAUGCUUGGAGGGUGAUGUUGAGUUGAACAAAGGUCUUGAUCUCCAAAUAAAGGCAGUUGUUAUCAAAAAGAAAAGGAAGCCAAACAGAAAGCGGGCAACUAAUGAUGUAGCUGAAACUACUGUUAUAGUGGAGAAGGAAGUGGGAAUGGGCGUUGGUGUGCAAAGUACUAGUGAAGAUUCUCAAACUGCUUGUGUCAAGAAUAAUGAAAGUGGUUCCAAGGAAGAUGGAGAUGAGCACUUGCCAUUGGUGAAACGAGCUAGGGUACGUAUGGGGAAACAAUCUUCUGCAAAGGAGGAGCUAAAUAGCCUUUCAAACACUGAAGAGAAUGCUCAGAAAGAAGUUACGGUUUGCCUAUCAGAACCAGUAAACACAUCUUUAAAUUGUGCCGUUGAAUGUCCUGCCAAUAGGGACUCAUCAAUGGUGAAUGGAGCUUCGGAAAAUGUAUCACCUUCACGCAAUUGCAGUCAGUUUCCUGGAUACAGGUCUCAUCUUUGGAAAGCUCAAAAAGAUCAACCAUUUGGCUGCUCAGUUGAUGGUGAAGCUGCUUUACCACCAUCCAAACGCCUUCAUCGUGCUCUUGAAGCAAUGUCAGCCAAUGCUGCUGAAGAAGGUCAAGCAUGUACUGAUGCAUUGUCAACCAUGGAGAUGGUUACUAACAAUAGAUGUUCUACCUCUUCAAUAAGCAGAUUCCCUCAUAUGGCCACAGAAAGCAAAACUGAGGUUGGCUUGGGCCUACAAGAUGUGGAUUCUUUUGAGAACAAUCCUCAUCGGGUUGAUGCACCUGGACUAUCUGCUUGUUCAAACCCUGUAAUCACUGAGGAAAAUAAUAAAUCAUCUAUGGAAAUAGAUUAUCAGGGUAGUAGGGUUGAAAGUUCUACACUUCGAAAUGAUGAGUCUUGCAAAGAUUUUUUCCUGAAUGCUGAGGAUCAUGAUGAUGGUAUGAAUAAUAGUGUUAGGACCGAUGUUAAUAACACUGUCAUUACUGCAAUCCAAAGUCAAAGUUCAAGAGAUUUGUUGUCUAAUCUCGACAGAAGUGAGGUUGAUGUAGGAACUACUCUAGGUUCUGCAAAUGAGUUUUUGCCUCGAAAGGAUGAAGACAAUAGCAUAAAUAUAGAAUCAAGCAAUUCUGAUGUUGAAAAGCUGGAUAAAGAAUCUGAUGCGUCUGAACAUACUGUUAUGUGUCUAGAUCCUGGAUCAAGUACCAAUGUCAAUGGCAUCAAAGUUUCACCCCAAGAGGCUACUGAUGUUCUUCAGCUGCUAAAGGUAGAGGCUACUGGUUGCGAGGAUACAAGGUCUUUGGAGCUUCCACUUGAUGACCGCAGAGUUGUUGAUAACAUGUCAGAGGUUGUGAAAGAGGCCAUGCAUAAGCAAGAGACGAAGGAUCCAAUUUCUCUGUCUCUUCCAAAUGAAAACAUGGGUGAUGUCUCUGGCAUGCGUCCAAGUCCAUGUCUAACAGAUGGGGGUGAUUCUCUUGCCCAGGGAUCUCCUGCCACUACCUCAAUUUGCCAAAUGUCUACUUCAGAUAGUAGUAAUGUCGUUCAACAUAAUAGCAGUUGUAGCCCCGAUCCACCUGUGCACCAAAAGACUACUUUGUGUGCUCCAACUGUUGAUGAAGAAGGAAAAUUUGAAACAAUGGUGACUGAGAGACCAAAAUCAAUUGGCAAGAAUGCAGAAGCACAGGUGGCUUUAUCAUCCUUUGAGGCAAUGCUUGGAACAUUGACAAGGACAAAAGAGAGCAUUGGUCGAGCAACACGUGUAGCAAUUGACUGUGCAAAGUUUGGUGUAGCUUCCAAGGUUAUAGAAGUUCUUGCCCGGUUUUUGGAAACUGAGUCAAGCUUACACCGAAGGGUGGACUUAUUCUUCCUUGUGGAUUCCGUUACACAGUGCUCUCGAGGUUUGAAAGGUGAUGUUGGUGGUAAAUACCUUUUGGCUAUUCAAACUUUACUACCACGGUUGUUAUCUGCUGCUGCUCCUCCUGGAAAUUCUGCACAUGAAAAUCGUAGGCAGUGUCUUAAGGUUUUGAGGCUUUGGCUGGAAAGGAGGAUCUUCCCUGAAACUAUCAUCCGUCACCAUAUGCGAGAACUGGACUCACAUAGCGGUUCUUCUUCUUCUGGCUUCUCUAGGCGUUCUUCAAGAACAGAAAGGUCUCUGGAUGAUCCUCUUAGAGAAAUGGAGGGUAUGCUUGUUGACGAGUAUGGAAGCAAUUCAAGUUUUCAGCUCCCGGGUUUUUGUAUGCCCCGCAUGCUUAAGGACGAAGAUGAUGGAAGUGAUUCUGAUGGUGGGAGUUUUGAGGCUGUCACUCCUGAGCAUAAUCCUGAAAACCAUGACGAAUGCCAAACCUUACCUGCCACUGAAAAGCGUAGGCAUAUUUUGGAAGAUGUUGAUGGAGAGCUUGAAAUGGAGGAUGUGGCCCCUUCUUGUGAAGUAGAAUUGAAUCCAUCAUAUGUUGAUGGAGGGAAUGCUACACAGAUAUCUCAUAACCAGUUUGAACAGCUUUAUCCACUGCCAUUUGCACCUCCCCUUCCACAGGAUGUGCCACCAUCCUCACCUCCUCUACCCUCUUCCCCUCCUCCUCCUCCUCCUGCUGGAGUUGCCCCACCAUGUGCUAUGCCCAAUUCCUAUGUCAAUGGCAUGGAUUCGAAACAUUAUGCAGAUGCACGUAAUAUGCAAGACAACAUGGUACAAUCACAGUCAAAUGCCCAGAGAAGUAACAGCGCAAUCUCUGAUGCAGUGCAAUAUCAUGGAUCCGAAUGUAGAGAUCCUCAGACACAGAUGCCUGAAUCUAAUUCGUGCUCCUUCAGUAGUUAUUCUGUACAGUCAGUGAGAAAUGUUCCACAGUGUGAUAGUGCUGCCUUUCAUAACAAGGGCUACCCUUUAAGGCCGCCUCAUCCCCCACCAUCAAAUCAGUUUUCUUAUGUUCAUGGAGACCAGCAUUUCAAGUCUCGGAGGGAGGCUGCACCACCACCUUCCUACUCCAACAGGUUCCACUAUGCAAACAAUGGGGAUAGAGAGAACUUUUAUGAUACUCAUGAUAGAGGGAAACCUGCUCCAAAUGAGUUCCAUGACAGCUGGAGAAAACCAGCUCCAUAUGAACGCGAUAGCUGGAGGUUUCCUCCACAUACCUUUUCGGAUCAUCGAUAUCCUGACAAAGGAAAAUCAUAUGCUCCUAGUCCGUAUGUGGGUCCUCCAUGUGAACCAUCAAGAGUACCCAGCCAAGGAUGGAGAUUUCCACCAAGGUCAAUGAACCACCGAAACUCCUUGCCUUUUAGACCUCCUUUUGAAGGUCCAAUUCCUGUGGCAGGAAGAGAAAAUGGAAAUCCCAAUCGAAUCUCCGAGAGCUACGGUUUCAGGUUUUGUUCGUUGGAGAGAGAGAGAGAGAGAGAGAAACAGAGAGACAUGGGUGCUUCUCCUUCAGUGCCUGAAAAAUCCAUCCACGAAUUCACUGUCAAGGAUAGCAGAGGUAAGGACGUCGACCUGAGUAUUUACAAAGGGAAGGUCCUUCUUGUGGUUAACGUUGCUUCCAAAUGUGGCUUCACAGAUUCAAAUUAUACUCAGUUGACUGAGCUCUACAACAAAUACAAGGACAAAGGUUUUGAGAUCUUGGCCUUUCCGUGCAAUCAAUUUCUAAAGCAAGAGCCUGGGACCAGCCUGGAUGCUGAAGAAUUUGCGUGUACAAGAUACAAAGCCGAGUAUCCAAUAUUCCAAAAGGUACGUGUGAAUGGGCAAGAGGCAGCACCUGUCUACAAAUUCCUCAAAGCAAGUAAAAGUGGAUUCUUGGGUGCCAGGAUAAAGUGGAAUUUUACCAAGUUUUUAGUCGAUGGGGAAGGCCAUGUCAUCGGUCGUUACAGCACAACCACCAGUCCAUUGUCGAUAGAGAAUGACAUCAAGAAAGCAUUGGGGGAGUGAGAAAUGCUUGGCUCAGAUUUUUGUGUGAUGUACUAUUAUAGAUAUUUUUUAUAUGAGAAAUGUCCGAGAGAUUUUUAUAGCAACUAGAAAAAUAAUCAAAACGAAAAAAAGAAAAAAGAAAAAAAAAGGAGAAUAUUAGUUAGUGGUAUCUUUUAUAUCUGUUGUAUCUCUACCACCCUUUUCCAUCUGUGUAGAUUUUUCUCUUUUCUUCCUCCUUUUUAUAUGUCUUAAACUCUGUCCAUUAUUUAUUACAAUGGAUAAGAUUUUCCAUGUUAUGUUAUUAUUUCUAUUGUUCGUGAAAUGAAAACGCUGAAACCAUUUUGUAAAUCUGUAAAAGAGUGUAAUGUUUGGUUCA